AUGAUUAUAUGCCUAUAUGUGGAUGAUAUGAUCUUUACUGGAAACAAUCCAGGUAUGUUUUGUGAUUUCAAGAAAGCAAUGACUAAAGAGUUUGAAAUGACAAAUAUUGGAGAAAUGUCUUACUUUCUUGGAGUAGAGGUAAAGCAAAUGGAAGAAGGAAUUUUUAUGUCACAAAAGAAAUAUGCAGAAGAAAUUUUGAGCAAGUUCAGAAUGAAAGAUUACAAGAUGGUCUCCACAUCAAUAGAACCAAGAAUGAAUUUGAAAGCUGAUUCAGAUAAGGAGCUAAUAAAUCCUACACUUUUCAAGAGCCUGGUCGGAAUCUUAAGGUAUUUAACUUUUACUCGACCACAUAUUAUGUUUGCAGUUGGCUUAGCUAGUAGAUAUAUAGAUCAACCAAGACAAAAUCACUUCAGUGCAGCCAAGAGAAUUUUGAGAUACAUCAAAGGAACUGUUCAUCAUGGAUUGUUGUUUACACACUCUAAAGAUUCAAAGUUAUUUGGCUAUUCAGAUAGUGAUUAUGGUGGGGACACAGAUGAUCGAAGAAGCACAUCAAGAUACGCAUUUCACUCUGGCUCAGCAAUAUUUUCAUGGUCAUCCAAGAAACAACAAAUUGUUGCUCUUUCAUCAUGUGAAGCAGAAUAUAUGUUCGCAGUAGCGUGCACAUGUCAAGCAAUAUGGUUGAAGAAUAUUUUGAAUGAGUUGCAUCAAGAGCAAGAAGGUCCAAUCACUGUAGACAAGAAGUCAGCAAUAUCACUUGCAAAGAAUCCAGUCUUUCACAGCCAUAGUAAGCAUAUUGAAACAAAGCAUCAUUUUAUAUGGGAGCAAGUUAAAAACAAAGUUGUGGAAUUAUUCUACUGCAGAACUGAAGAACAACUUGCAGAUAUUUUUACAAAGCCAUUGAAGACAGAUGUGCUCCACAAACUCAAAGAUAUGAUUGGUAUGCAAAGUCGAGUUUGA